GCAGGCAUGAAUUUCACAUGAGGUUUGGUUGCUAUGGCAAACGCAGGACCUCAUGAUGAUGGGAGCCAGUUCUUCUUCACUCUUGGACGGGCCGAUGAAAUCUCAACAACAAACACACCUUUUUGGAAAGGUCACAGGAGAUACGGUGUAUAACAUUCUCCGGCUCGCAGAGGUGGAGUGUGACAGAGAUGAACGGCCGCUCAACACACACAAGAUUAGAUCCACAGAGGUCGUACCUUCUCCCUUUGAUGACAUCAUUCCACGUGAAAUUAAAGUUAAAAAAGAGAAAAACAAAGAAGAAGGGAAGAAAUCACAGUCCAAAGCAACAAAUAUGCAGGUGAUGAAUCAGAGAGAGAGAGGAUCCGAGAGAACAUCUCACAGAAACUAAAGAGAGACAAGACGGAUGAGCAGAAGACCAAUCCAGACACAGUGAAGAAGACCUCCCGCAGGUAUUGCCGCUGAAUUCCCUUCUGAUGAAGUCAUUUCCUCUGCACAUAAUCUAUAACAUGCAGUUGUGGGAGUUAUUAUGUUAAUGUAUAUUGUAUCAUAUUUAAAAUGCAAUCACUUAGGGCAGGAUUUUGGACCAAUGUGAUUUUGAGUUACUUAAUUACAAACUGACAAGGUAUAGGAUAAAGUAUAAGCCUGUGCCACAAAUCUCUGUGGUGAG